AUGGUUGGUCCCUCAUGCGAAUUUGAUAUUGUGUAUGAGACUCGAAAAACCAUCAAAGGACGUGUAGUGGCCGAAUUUCUUUCUGAAAAUCCAGUUAAUGAAGAGGAAGAAGUCGAAACAGCCUUCCCGGAUGAGAGUCUCAAGCUAGUAGAGGUCCAGCCAUGGAAAAUGUACUUUGAUGGGGCUAUGAAUAAGAGCGGAGCCAAAUAUGAGGCUUGCAUUUGUGGCCUAGAGGCAUUAAUAGCUGUUGGGGCUAAAAAAGUUGAGGUGUUUGGAGAUUCAAUGCUAGUAGUUUCCCAUAUUAAAGGUGAAUGGGAAUUGAAAGAAGAAAAGUUGAGGCCAUACAGGUAUGCUAAGAAACUAUUAUUUAGCUGUGAGGAAGUGACAAUGAAGCACAUGCCUAGAGCUCAGAACCAGAUGGCUGAUGCUCUAGCCACGUUGGCAUCCUUAUGGGAGAAGGGUAAUCAGAAGUUGACCCAGCCAGUUAUCCUGAUGAGGAGUAGAAUCCCAUGCUAUGAAGGGUUAAUAAUAGCACAUUUAGAUCUAGAAGAUGAGAUGAAAUGGUAUGAGGACAUAAGAAGAUAUUUAGAGGUAAGAGAAUACCAAUGA